UACGCGACCCGCGAUUUUUGUGUAAAUCUCACAUCGCCGCGUUUGGGCCAACGUGGCAAAACGCGGUGAUUCGCCGUGAUAACACUCUACGGGUGAUUCGCGGUGAUGUCGCCGUGAUUUCCCCGCGACCAUCUCGCGAUAAAGAUCAGCUGAAGCAUCAUCGCGAAACUCCGCGAAUCGCCGUGAUUCGCGAUGACUACUAGAUUUAAAUUUCAACUUAUUUAAAAAAAAGUCAACAUUAUUGACGAUCACAUACGAUCGCGAAAAUGUAUGCCAAUUCGAAAAUAAACACCCUACUUGCUGAAUGUCGAAAUCCUGAUUUCCAAACAAGAUCUUUAUUUGUUGAAAUAACACUUGUAUGCCUUUUGGACAGCAUAUUAGAAUCCCAACAAAUCCAGAAUGCCGUAAUGUUAUCGAUUUGCUAACACAAAAAAUAACUGUAAUUUGGCAUGUUCCGUACAGCUUUACACAUUCGUUUGCAGAUACAUGUAGAUGUAAGUUGCGUAAGAAAAUGGCAAGUAUAGUCGCAAAUAUUUGCAUUUUCGCCAGCUUAUAUUAACUUUUGAGUUAUUCUAACGAUUGUUAUGUUUUGUUCGCUGCUUUUUACAUGGACUUUGAAAUUCUCGGAUAUUUCAUUCCGACUGCCAAAAUUUUCCGUUAUGAAAAAAGUAGAAAUUUGUUUUCGCAAUUAGUUCUGCUUGUUAAGUUAGAAAUAUUUAUGUAUGCUUUUUUGCACUGUUUUCUUUGUUGCGUUUUUGUGCAUGUUCAGUAAAAGAUUUGAAUCUGUGUAUUAGAUGUGCAUUAUUAGUAGUGAUAAUAUAAAGAUUAUGAGUUUAGAUGCAGCGUUAAGCGUAUUUUAUUAUAAUCAUUAACAACUUGCUUUUAAAAUUAACAUAUGUACAUGAAAGUUUGCAACAAAUAUACAUAUAUUGGUAUUGCGUAUGUGUAAUUAUGUCGUUGAAAUUGCUGUUUCAGGAUACAAAGAUGACCAUUAUGUACAAUGUUUCUAUUGACCAUGGUAGAAAUACGAUUUUGUGCAUGAUACACUAUAUGUUGUUUUAUAAACGAUGCAUGAACGCAAGAAGAAUGUUAAUAUCAGCAACAUCAUGUCAUUUUAUGUAUGAUUGAAUUCCAUAAACCGUCAUGACAAUUCACGUGAAUUUCUAAAUAAAAAAUAAAAAUCUCAAGAUUAUACAUGUACUAGUGUGUUCGUAAUUGAAAUUGGGUCCAUUACAAUUGGCGGUUUUAUUGUUCAUGUACAAACUGUGAAAACAAAGUUCCAAAGUGUAGACAUGCAUUGUUUACAAUAGAAUAGAUCAAAAUACUUCAAAGAGAAAAAAUUACCAAUGCAAUUCAUUGAAUUUCUUUUUUCCGAUUACUCAGUCGGUGACAAGAAAUAUAAGCUACACACGAAUGUAACACCUUAAACGAUUAUAUUCUCAACACCUUUUACACUAGAAUAGAUAAAAGUACAUCAAACAGAUCAUAAUUAACAAAUAAUUACCAUCGUUUCGUUUACUCAGUGCGUAAGUAAAAUGGACGCUACAAUGUAUAUAAGUCAAGGGUUAUCCUGGCCUCACCAUCAGUUUAGCUUUUGUUAUAUGUUCUGUAUGAAGUUAUAACAGGAAUCUUCAGUGUUUAGUAUUAAUAUUGGAUUGUGUAUUGUUUCACCAAGUGCAUAUUGGAUUGUUAAGUGCUUGAAAAAUGGCGUUGAGGACACUAGUUCGUCAAGUGACUCACUAUUUAGUUAAAUUUGAUUGCGAUGGAACUUUUAUGAUUCGAUCGCGAGGACACGUCAGGACUGACGACAUUAGGAGCGAAGUGACUGUUGGUAGUUCGUACCCUGUUCAGUGGGGUCGAACUAAAGCGGCUACGGACGCUGCAGUGAUUAUUGCAGAGGGUUAUAGCGAAGCCGAAGUGAAAAAGAAACUGACGGACUUACAGGCAGACAGUUAAAAAAAACGGAAGGAACCGCCUGCAACAACAGCUGACCAAGCUCGUCCCCCCAAAAGACAGAAGACUCCUGCCGGCAAGCCUAGGGCACAGAUGAUCAGCCGCGUGCCGCCGACAUCAGCAAUCGCGCAGCGUCUGGAUCCGGAAACUCCAGCAGUGGUCCCGUCGCACGUUGCAGACACUGUGGCGCAGGUUGUUAACAGCAUACCGGCGGCUUCCGUCCACGCAGAAGCUCAGCAACAAGAAUCAGUUGUCCCGCCGCACGUUGCAGACACUGUGGCGCAGGUUUCAAACAGCAUACCAGCGGCUUCCGUCAGUGAAGAAGCUCCGCAACAAGUCGUAGACCCACCUCCCGUUGCAGAGAAUAUCAUGGGAGAAGCGCCCGCUCAGUGGCAGUCAUUGUUGUCGGAGCCACUUUCAGUGUCCCCAGAUGUAACGGCGGUUACCUGGUCAUUGAUGCCGACGCCUACGUGUACGCUGACAGUUACGCCAACCCGGCCGAAUGCAACAUUCCUGUCUGCGCGACCGCCAUCCGCGGGGUCCACUUUGUCAUCAUUAAACCAGAUAGUGGAGGGCCAGAAAUCAACGGUCCGGGAGAUGGACAAGCUCCGGCGGCAGAUGGAGGGGUUGACAAGGACCAACGUGGCACUGGCGCAGAGGGUUGAUCAACAGAAUGAACUAAUAUCAACAAUCCUGUUGGCUCUACAUCAGCUUACAGCCACUGUAGUAGCACUGACGACAGCCAAUCCAGCUGCACAGCCGACAGCCAAUGCAGCUGCACAGCCGUCAGCUGUACAACCCAUACAGAGCACAUCGGAUCCAGCUACUUGUCCGGAAAGUGAAGUAAUUGCUUCAAAUGCCUAUCUUUCCGACGAAGAAGUCCGUCUGAUAAGGCAGUCAUCAAAUGGAGCAGGAAAUUUCGCGGCCCACCUCACGCAGAGGCUGUACCCAGAACUUUUUACUGCCGCAAACGCGAGAAUGCACUUCAAUUACCACGGAGGCGGCAGUAAGCAAAAGCAGCCAUUGAGCCCGCGGCGGAAAAAUGCAAUCCGAAAGUACGUCGUUAGGUACUUUCCUAUGAUGAGCGACGACACCAAUUAUGGAAACGAAUGCGUCCAAAAGAUUAACGAGCUCCUCCGCCGCAAGGCAAGGACACCAGCAGCACUAGGGGAAGUUGAAGAGGAAGUGGACUUCGAUAUCCGACUGUAAAUGGAUGUCCUGACGCUGUUAACCAUAAAUUCUACUUUUGUUAUUGGAGCGUUUCUACAUAAGUACCUACUAAUUAAUUAAAACCUAGUUCCAAAUCAUAAACUACUGUUUGUUUGAUAUGUGUGUAAUUCUCUGAUAAUCUGUGAAAACGAAUAAAGUACUGUUCUGUUCUGUUACAAAUCAUCAUCAUGUACAGUUUUAUGAUGCUGAUAAUGGUUUUAUGAUGAUAAUAAUUUUAAUGAUGAUGAUUAUUAUAAUGAAGAUGAAUAUGAUGUAAUGCUGUAAUGAUGAUUUGUGAUGAACUUUAAAGUUAUGAAAAUAAAUGUAUUAGAAAUAAAUUUAUAGUUUGUUUUACUUUCAAAUUCGUCUCAGACUCUUGUAUCUAGUCUAUAAUAAUGCCUCAUUUCGACGACGACAUACCUGAAGAAAAAGACAAUAGAAUCUUUUUUUUUUCAAAUGAAAUAAUCUUCAGCAAAGAUAAUAUAGUACUGUAAUAAACAAGAUUCCAUAGAUAUCGACCAACAUAUGUUCUACGAUUUAUUAAAAUUAAAAUUGGUGUCGAAAAAAGCCUGGAACUUUGGCCGAAUGAGCCUGAAAUUGGGGCCUGAAAAAAACGGGGCCGGUAGA